UUUUUUUUUCAUUUACUGAAUGAUUGAUCUACCAUACAGAAUAUUAUUUUGGUUAUUUUCAUUUUUUAGCCAUAUUUAAAUGGAGAUAGGGCCGGUUUUUCUUGUUUCAGAGAAAGGAUCCUUUUUCAUAUAAUUGUAAAUAAGACUUUUUUUUUUUUCUUAUAUCUUUCUUCUUCUUCUUCUUUUUAAUAAUCGUGAUGGGAUUAAAUAAUCAAAAAAUAUUAGUUUUGAUCAUAUUUGGAACUAUAUACUCUAUUUUUAUGUGGACAUUUGCUCCCGGAGUUAAGGAUGAUCAUUUACAUAUAUCUAAUAUAAAUGAUAAGUUUUAUGCAAACUAUCUUGAUACUUUCCGUCAACAACAUUAUAAUAUGUUAUCAAAUCUUAUCAAUAAAGCAAAUAAAGCAUUAAAAAAUGAUUCAGUUUAUUCAGUAACUUUAAAACCUCAACUUGCACCUUCAAAUGAUCCACAUGAUUACAUGUCACUGGCAAGAUAUUUUUGGCCAGACCCAAAUAAACCGGAUGGAUUACCUUAUAUGAGAAAAGAUGGUUAUUCUAACCCUGAGAUUGAAACUAUUAAAGACUAUUCUUUAUUAAGAAAAUUAUUUGAUGAUGUUGAAAAUUUAGGAUUUGCUUAUUAUUUUACAAGAAAUGAUUCAUACGUUGAGAAAGCUGUUUAUAGAAUUAAAGAAUGGUUUAUAAAUCCAAAAACAAGGAUGAAUCCUAAUCUUAAUUAUGCAAGUUUUAUUAAAGGUCAAGAUUUAGGAAGAAGAACUGGUAUAAUAGAUAUGCGACCUAUUUAUAGGAUGUUACAGUCUAUACCUUUAAUGCGUUCAUCUCGUAAAUGGGAUCAUUCGGUAGAGAAAAAAUUUAAAAUUUGGUUAUCAAAAUAUUAUUUUUGGUUAGAAAAAACUUCUAUAGGAAUAGAUGAAAAGGAGUCAACAAAUAAUCAUGGGACAUAUUAUGAUGUACAAGCGAUUUAUCUAUUAUCUUAUCUAGGCAGAGAAGAGGAGGCACGUAAAUAUUCAUAUGAAGCACUAAUAAAUAGGGUAAAUGAAGGAAUUCUUCCUACAGGACAACAACCUCAUGAAACAAAACGCCCAACUUCAUGGUAUUAUUCAACAUUUAAUUUACAAGCAUUAUUUCUUUUAGCCGAAAGAUCACAAUAUUUUGGAUUUGAUGGAUGGAAUUAUGUUGGACCUGAAGGUCAAUCCAUUAGAAAAGCUGUUGAUUAUUUAUUAUCUUUUGCCUUAUCAAAUGGGAAAGGUUGGCCUUUUAAAAAUAUUAAUGGAUUUGAAAUGAAUAAUUUUGUUAAAUUAUUAGAAUUAGCUUUUGUUAUUUGGCCUGAUGAUAAAUAUCUUGAAGCUUUAGUUAUUUUAAGACCUAAAGCUAAAUUAGAACAAGCAUUAGAAUAUAAAGAUACUGAAUGGGAAGACAAUUACCUUUGUAUUUGGUCUUUAAUGACAAAUAGGCAAUUAUGGACUUGUUUAAAAUAAUAAUCUUUUUAAGGAUAAGAAAGAAUGAUUUUAAUAGAUCUGUUCUUUAUUAGUUUUUUUUGUUAAUAAAUGAUGGGAAGAUGAAUUUGGUUAUUGUUUUUGGAUAAUUAUAAAAGUUUUUUUUUUUUAUUCUCUUGUGAUCUUACUACCAACCCAUUUUUGCUCCUUUUCUUUACAAAUUUAGGAAAAAAAAGGUAAUAAAUGUCUUGGCGUUACGGAUUUUUUUGGGGGGCAAGAAAACAGGGUUAAUGUUGAAUUUGAAUUAACUGGAUUAAUACUUAAUAAUAUUUUUUUUAGUUUACAAAUAAAAUUAAUAAGAACGUAUGAUAUUAAAAUAUGAUAUAUAUGUUGUACGUAUGAUAAUCAAUUAACAAGAGUAAUAAAGAUGUAAUAUAAUAAAAAUGGUUAAUAAUCUACUUUACUAAAGACAGUUUAAUAGACAAAAAAGAUUUCUAAUGUUAAUCUCUUUCUUUACCAAUUUUCUCUCUAACCUUCUCUC